AUGGCGGGUGCUGAUUCAUCAAGUACGAUGUCUAAUUCCGGAUUAAAUGAGACGUCAGAGUCACCGAGCAAUGUGACAACGACAUUGGACAAUACCACCGAUAUGACGGGUGCUGAUUCAUCAAGUACGAUGCCUGGUUCUGGAUCAUACGAGACUGUGACAACAACAUUGGACAAUACCACUGAAAUGGCAGACGCUGAUUCAUCCACUCCGAUGUCCGAUUCAUCCACUCCGAUGCCCGAUUCCGGAUUAUAUGAAACGUCAGAGUCACCGAGCAAUGUGACAACACCAAUGGACAGUAUUACUGAAAUGACAGUCGCUGAUUCGUCAAAUUACAACUUCGCAUAG